AUGGCUUUGGCACCCUUGCUUCUGUCGUCGGUCUCGGGUUGUGGUAAGCAAGAUGCCGUCGUGGUGUAUGACCCUGUCGCCGGCAAUACAGUCGCCAGUUUUAGUGGCGAAACAGCCACAAGAGGCACCCUCACUGCCCUCAACGAUGUCAUAUUCAGUGCUGUAGCCAAGAAACCCCUACUUCAGAUGUGGUCGUUUCAGUCUAACUCGUCGUUCAAACGUCUCACAACCAAGGGAGUUGUUAAUGCUCUCGCCUUCACACAUGACGGCUCCUUCAUGUACUUGGCAAUCGAAAAGAGCAUUUAUGUGUAUCAGGUUUGCAGUGGAUGCUUGAUAACAGUCCUUGAAGCAAGCCACAUGGCACCGAUUGGAUGCCUCUUGAUGUCCCAGCGACAGGCGGCUCUGUGCCUCCCCCUACUCGUCUCCGCCGACACGUCUGGCCUUGUCGCGUGCUGGCCAGCUUUGGUUGCUGCUGACGCUGCUGUAACCAUUGGCGACGACGAUUGCACUGAUGCUGCUGCUGCUGAAAAGUCCUCCUGUGGCUCACACAAACCCCUCUGGUAUGUUGUUCAGGCCAGUCGAAGCCUACCGUCGUGUGCUUUUGUUGCCGAUGGUAGGAUGGUCGCGUGCGCCGGAACCGAUGGUCUCAAGGCAAUGACAGGCAAAGAUGAAAACACAUUUGAUCUAAGUCUGGAAAAUUUGGUGGAUGGGUUGUUCGGAGCAGAGACAGGUCGAUUCGUGUACUCCGCAUUGGGGCAGAGUCGCCCCCUGCUGUGUGUCUGUGCCCUCCCCCACGACGACACAUUUGUCUUCGCUGGAACCGACAACGGCAUUCUCCACUCAGUCUGGAUGAAGAACCCUGAGGUGUGCACGUCAUAUGAAGUCUCAUUCAGAAGGUGUUUUGCAGAAACCGAGCUUUCGUCCACAGACAAGGCGAUAUGCUGUGUGUGUGCCAGUCCGCCUGAAUCCAGUCUUCGUCUACUGGCAGUGGGAACGCGCAGCGGUUUGGUGGAAGUUCUGCGUCUGGACGCGUGUCUCGUGCGUCUGCAGAGAUUUUCCGUUUGUCCGUCGGAGGGCGACACCGCGGCCGCACCACGUAUCACGGGCCUCGUGAUGAUGCCGCGGCCAAGUUGGCUGCUGGAGGAGCAGUCGCUGGCCGCUGCUGCGCCCGACCAAUCACCCCAGGACGCACCGUCCGACCCCCUGGCAGCUAUUCGUCCACUCAAACGACAGCUCGGCUGGCAACCGGACGACAUUCUCUACCUCAAAUUGCCCAACCCCAAGCAGAACCGCACGCUGGAUAGCUUCGUCAACGAAAUCUAUCAGGAUGAUUUCCUUCUGACUAAGCCGCCACCCGCUUUCGCUGUGCCAGUUGACGCCGUCGUCACUACAGCAUCCGGCAGGUCAGAGACCUCGGCUGAGCUUCAGCAGUUGAAGGAAGAGAAGAAAGCCUUGGAAAAGAAAAAUGGCGAAUUGAUGCGCAUCUUAGUCGCAAACUGUUUGCACUACUAA